AUGCCUGCUGCUGGUACCACAACGGCUAAAAAGCCACCAUCAAUGCGGGCGUUAACGGCUAGAUUAAAGGAGAUUCAAUUAUCUUUCAACGAUAUUUGGAGAUUCGUACAAGCCUUCAAGGAAACGAAUACAGCAACUGAGGUUGAAGUGCGCCUGAAUAAGUUAGACGAGCUGUGGGAAGGGUUCGGUGAAACAUUAGUUGACAUUUUUGCUCAUGAUGAUUACAAUGCUGAAGGCAGUGCUUUGGAAAAAGAGCGCAUGGAGCUCAGUGAUCGGUAUUACGAAAUCAAAUCCUUUUUAGUUGACAAGGCUAAGGAAUUACAAGAACCGAAUGUGUUGGAUCAAUCUACCCGACUCGGUGACUCGUCGAUACGUGGAAAUAGCGAUCACGUUCGGCUACCACAAAUUAAGCUGCAGUCAUUCGACGGAAACAUAGACGAGUGGCUGAGCUUCCGGGAUCUUUUUACAUCACUCAUUCACUGGAAACCGGAAUUACCCGAGGUUGAGAAAUUCCAUUAUCUGAAAGGGUGCCUGCAAGGUGAGCCCAAAAGUCUUAUCGACCCUCUUCAGAUUACCAAGGCCAACUAUCAAGUAGCGUGGGAUUUAUUGUUGAAACGGUACAACAAUAGUAAGCAGCUGAAACGACGUCAAGUACAAGCUCUCUUCAGCCUGCCUAUCCUUGCGAAGGAAUCUGUUAUCGAUCUACACAGUCUAGUUGAAGGGUUUGAAAGAACUGUGCAAACGUUAGAUCAAAUCAUUCAAUCGGCCGAUUACAAGGAUCUUCUAUUGGUGAACAUCCUCACCACAAGAUUGGACCCCGUCACUCGUAGAAGCUGGGAAGAGUUCUCAGCCAUGAAGGAAACUGAUACACUGACGGAUUUAUUUGACUUCCUCCGGCGUAGGCUUCAGGUAUUGGACUGCUUGCCAACAAGGGUUGCUGACACUAGGGGUGUUCAGCAACAGCAAUUACAACCAAGGCAAAAAAUACCACCCGUGAGGAAUAGUUACAGUUCAACGCAAGCGUCUGGGGGACGUUGUGUCGUUUGCUCGUCAAAUCAUCCACUUUAUCAAUGUGGUUCCUUUCAGCGAAUGGAGGUUUCGGAUAGGGACACUCUGCUGAAAACUCACUCACUCUGUCGGAAUUGCUUCAAAUUUGGACACCAUGCUAAGGAGUGCCAGUCUAAAUAUUCUUGCAGAAACUGUAAGGCACGACACCACACUCUUGUGUGUUUCAGGUCAGAAAGGGAGCACGACAAGAAGGUUGCGGUAGUUGCUGGGGGCAACAAUCCUUCUUCGUCAAGGGAACCAUCCAAUGAUUCUACGAUACAAAUAGCCAACGUGGCGGCUACAGAGGUUCUAGCGGUUAAUUCGGCACAUCAAAGUGCUGCUAAGGUUCUUUUGGCUACAGCGAUUGUUAUGAUCGAGGAUGAUUAUGGCAACAAAUUUCCUGCUCGUGCUCUUUUGGAUUCGGGAUCUGAGUGCAAUUUCGUGACCGAGAGAUUAGGUCAGCGCAUGAAGUUAACACGAGAGCGAGUGAAUAUAUCGGUGGUAGGAAUUGGACAAACAGCGUCCAAGGUCAAAUAUCGGAUUCAAGCAGUUUUACGUUCGCGGGUAUCGGAAUACUCCAGAGAGUUAAGUUUUUUGGUUCUCCCGAAGGUUACGGUUAAUCUUCCAACCACUACUAUCUGCACUGAUAAAUGGAUAAUUCCGGAGGGCAUCAAAUUGGCUGAUCCGGCCUUCUUCGAAUCGAAGGUCGUCGAUCUGGUACUCGGCAUCGAGGCAUUCUUCGAUUUUUUCGAAACAGGGAAAAGAAUUUCUUUAGGACAGCAGCUACCAACAUUGAAUGAUUCUGUAUUCGGUUGGGUCGUAUGCGGUGGAUAUUUAAAUUCCAAUCGAUCACUAAGCAUGAGCUGCAAUGUGUCAACCACGGAGGAUUUAGAAUCGCUAAUGACGCGAUUUUGGACUUGUGAGGAAGUUGAACAAGAAAAGGCGCUCUCGCUCGAAGAGAAACGUUGCGAGGAACUGUUUCUGAAUACGUUUCAAAGAGAUCAAAGUGGUAGGUACACCGUCGCCUUACCCAAAAAUGAAGAUCUAUUAUCUAAGUUAGGUGCAUCAAGGGAUAUCGCAGUACGACGCCUUCAAGGGACGGAGCGUAGGCUUGCAAGAGACACAUAUUUGAAACAACAAUAUGAGAUGUUCAUUGAAGAAUAUCUGCAUCUUGGUCACAUGCGAAAGAUUGAUGACGCGACUCCGGGAUCUGGUAAACGUUGUUAUUUGCCACACCAUCCUGUAGUAAAGGACUCUAGUACCACUACUAAGGUACGCGUCGUAUUUGACGCUUCGUGUAAGACUUCCACGGGGGUAUCACUAAACGACGUGCUACUCUCAGGUCCUGUCAUACAGGAGGACCUUCGUUCGAUUAUUCUACGCAGUCGAAUAAACCAAAUUAUGCUAGUGUCCGAUGUUGAAAAAAUGUUUCGACAAAUUCAAGUUUUUUCCCAAGAUCGACCGCUACAGUGUAUUUUGUGGCGUAACUCGCCAUCGGAUGAGAUAUCUACCUACGAAUUGAAUACGGUGACGUAUGGAACCAAGCCAGCUCCAUUUUUAGCAACAAGAACGUUAAAACAACUAGCGCUAGAUGAGGAAGAGCGGUAUCCGCUAGCGUCCAAGGCAAUCCUUGAGGAUACGUAUAUGGACGACGUCAUCACAGGAGCAAAUGAGAUUGAAUCAGCAGUCAUUUUGCGAACUCAGCUUGAUUCGAUGACAUCAAGUGGGGGUUUUUGUUUGCGGAAGUGGGCGUCUAAUUGUCCUGAAGUGCUACAAGGCAUAGCAGAAGAGAAUAUUGCCAUUCGAGUUUCGGAAGGAAUCGUUCUGGAUCCAGAUACUUCGAUAAAAACGUUGGGACUGACUUGGAUGCCAAUGACUGAUACACUUCGGUAUCAGUUUAAUAUUCCUAUGCAAGAUACAGGUGAACCAUUUACAAAACGGAAGAUAUUGUCGGUGAUCGCAUCACUUUUCGACCCAUUAGGCCUUCUGGGUGCUGCAAUCACCAAUGCAAAAAUUUUCAUGCAGCUGUUGUGGACGUUGCGUGAUGAAAAUAAUCAACGAUUAGACUGGGAUCAGCCGUUAUUUCUAACGGUGGGUGAGAGGUGGAGAAAAUUUUAUGAUCAGCUUCGACUAUUCAACGAAAUUCGUAUCGAUCGCUGUGUUAUCAUCCCAGAAGCGUUGUGUGUGGAAAUCCAUUACUUUUCGGAUGCAUCGGAGAAAGCGUAUGGUGCAUGUCUUUAUCUUAGGAGUCAAAAUUCAGCUGGAGAGGUAAAAGUAAGGCUGCUAACCUCGAAGUCUAAGGUUGCUCCGCUGAAGUUUCAGACCAUUCCCAGGUUGGAGUUGUGCGGUGCACUGCUGGCAGUGCAGCUGUACGAAAAGGUAAAGAUCAGUCUCGCUCUCAUCAACUUUCCUUAUCACACCAGUAAUCGGAUGAAUGAUGAUGACGGAGAUGACUAUGACGAUGAUGAUGAUGGUGAUCUGCUAGAAUUCGCACUGUCCCGUUCUAUUUCGGAUUAA